CGCGAUCGUCUUUGUGAAGCUUCGGUAUAUCUUUGCAUACGAAGUGGUUCAUCGGUAUUAUCUGGCUGCUUUGAAAGACCAUGGAGGUGUAAACAAAAACAAACCAUGGCCGGCAACUGUAGACUGUUGUUUAAAUCAUUCACGUACAGGCUAUUGCAAGCAAACUUACGGGAAUCGCAUUUUUGUAGAUUGAGCAUUGCCAGAGGUUUCUCCACGGAAGCGAGUACUGAUGCUGAUAGAGAUCCAGCACCGUUCUUCUUUAACAAAGAUGUGCAAAAUUUGCUUAAGAAAUUGACAAGGGUUGAUUUACAUAAAGUUUUCAGAGCGAGAAAAGAAGGAAAGGAUCUAAAAGAACCAGAAUACAAAUUUAUGUCAACGGAAGAAGUAAACAAGGCAGUAGAGGAAGCAUGGCAGCGGGCUGAAGAAAGAUUGCAGAUGCCACCUUUCCUUUUACCAACUCCAGACGACCGUCGAGAGAUUUGUAAGGAUCCAGAAUUACAAGGCUAUUGUGAUUCAAAAUUCCUGUUUACAGAUAUCACAUUUGGUGUUUGCAAUGAGGACAGAUUGAUUGUUGCUCGAGACCCAGAUGGUACUUUACGACAUGCGGACAGAGAUGAACGUUUCCGUUGCAAUCAAAUCUACUUUCCUCUUCCUGGUCGCAAAUUAAGGACACCUCAUAUGUUUGAAGAACAAAACCUUAAGCCGUUGCUCGAUACUGGAGAGUAUGAAUUCAUACUGGAUCGAGCAUGUGUGCAGUUUGAUCCAGACUCUCCAGAUUUUUGUAGAGUUAGAGAUCAAACAUUUGACCAUGUGGAGAAAUCACGUCAUUUCUCAAAGUUAAGAUCAACUCGUCAUUUUGGCCCAUUAGCCUUCUACCUUGCGUGGCACAGAAAUAUUGAUUCUCUUCUCUUAGACAUUGUGUCUGAUGGCAGGUUAAAUGAGGCCACAGCUUUGAUUAAUCUGUUUCAUAAACUGAAUCCAAGUUCAGAGUCUGCAAUAGCUGCUGCUGAAUAUGAAGGAGAUGACCUUGGCUUGAUAAGGCUAUAUAUCUCAUCAAGUGACUGCAGACGGCGAGGGCAAUUGGAAUUGGCAAUACAGACUUUGCUUGAGCUCCAGAAACAACAAGAACUAGUGGCAGAAGGAAUUCAACAUGCACAUGGCACUGGUAGCUAGAGCAAUUCAUCAUUUCCAGUCUGUGUAAAUGUUGUGAUCGGGACAUAAAUGUGUGUGAAAUUUUGUACUAAAACACUGGUUGUUUGUUGGCUGAAGAAUGUUGUACUGUUGUGUGGAAAGAAUAAUAAGCAGAAGAUUUCAAAACUGAAAUAAACCAUCCCUCCCUCCCUCCCUCCCUCCCUCCCUCCCUCUCUUCGGUUUAUUUGGCUUACAGUUGAGGAUGCUGCUCUUUGUUACAUUAAAAAUUCUGUCUGUUUCACCAACAGUUAUCAGUAGUAAAUUCAUUUGUUAUAUGUUUUUAUUUUAUGAUGAAAAAAUUUAUUUAAAUUAAUAAUGUUAAUUGCAAAAAGUGAGCUGCAGUACUGCUAAAAACUUUGUUAUGUAUGGGGACAUGUGAAAGGUGGUCUCUGUGAGUGUGUUACAUUUUCUGUAACUCUAUAAUGUAAUCUGAGGAAAGUAAUUAGAAUAAAUACGUGGAUGAGCUUUGGAUGAAAUGAAUGCAAUAAUGUUUGCCAUGUGUAAAAACAUCUGUUCUUCUAAGGCCAAAAGGAUAAGUUGUUGUAACAGACAAUGCAGAAAUAAAAUGUGUAGGAACUUAGACAAUUACUAUUCUUCUUUACUAAAUUUAUGUUUGUAUUUGUAUUUUCAUCUGUAGAUGAUUGUGGACACUGCCUUCCACCAUUACAGAAUACUCAGCUCCUACAUCAUGCUGGUGGCAAGUGUCCUAUUACAGGAAUUUGAUAUGGCUUAACAGUGAGAAGUAGCUGAUAUCAUCCUCAGAAUUAGUAACAUCAGCAACGUAAAUAUAUCAUUAAUACCAAGAGACUCAAGAACAGUUUACUGUGGCAAUAAGAAUGUAAAUAUGGGGCACCCAAUGGUAUGAUGCCAAAUAGAAAUCAAUGCUGCAUCAUUGCAGAAUCCACAGUCAUUGCUUGUUUUAUGAACCAAAGCACUUCAUGUUGUCAAGAAGAGCCUUACUCU